AUGGUCAGGGCUAUGCAGUAUGAGCACCCAACUAGGAUUCCUGAUAUCGGGACUAUCAACGGCAACCUAAAUAGAGAAUUGAAUGAUAAUCCUCAACCGAGAUCUAAGAUCAAGACUUGCCUCCAAGAAGUUGUCCGCCAUGCUUCGGAGACCAAGCGCACUUGUCAGAGAGCUGUUGGUCACAAAAGUGUGCCCAGUAAUGAGGAUCCUAAACGAGCCGAGAAAGGUGGCGUUGCAGAAGAUGAUGAGAAUGAAAAGAAGUAUGCCAGUACGGCCUUCCUAUCAUCGCUUCUCGUGUGCAUUAACAACAAGAGGCCUCCAACUGGCAAUGCGAAGGAUCUUCAUGUGUUCAACUUUAUCCACAAGGCCAAGGACUUUUUGCCAUAUAUGUCGGGCACUGGUUCGAUCAAUAAAAGAAUAUGCUAUCCAGGGUCUACUAUUCUAAGAUCAACUGCCGCGCAGCUUAAGAUCGAGUUAAGGGGGUGCACAGGUGCUUUGUGA